CCUUUCCCGGAAUGACCCUGCUGGAGCAAAACACCAACCAAUUCAUCGACUCCGACUCUUGUAAUUCUCUUGACAUCUCCUUUGUUUCUGCACAAACUUUAUAAUUCCGUCCUCGGGCCCUGUUUAUGCCAUUGGGCCUACACGGAAAUAAGGCAUUCUCUGCUACUCGACCAUUCUUACCCCAGCAGCCUCUCGCAUCGCCGCUCGUAUUGCUACAGACCUCUCUAGCACGCCCACACGAUCCCUCAUAUUCUUUCAAGAUGCCCGGUAUCGUCUCGGCUACCGGCGUCCUCGCCUUCCUUACCGACGAGGAGCCCGAACUCAAGGUCUUCGCUCUGCAGACCCUCAACGACGAUAUCGAUACCGUCUGGACUGAGGUCGCUGCUGUGUUGACACAGAUCGAGGCACUCUACGAGGACGAGUCGUUCCCUGAGCGUCAACUCGCUGCUCUUGUUCUUGCCAAGGUCUACUACCAUCUCCAGGCCUACAAUGACAGCAUGGUCUUCGCCCUCGCCGCUGGCGACCUUUUCAAGCUCGAUUCCCCUGGCGAGUUCGAGGAGACCAUUAUCUCUAAAUGUGUCGACCAGUACAUCGCUGUGAAUGCUGCGAAGAAGGCGGCUCCUCAGGCUUCAAAGAACACCGACCUCCCCGAGCUGGCUACUACGUUCGCGAGCGGCGCCGAGGGUGCUGUCAUGUCUCCCACCACACCUUUUUCGCAGACAACUCUACCUCCCAAGUCUCUUCUUUCCCGCGACUCGAUCGACAACACGAUGCUCGAGGCCACCUUCCAGCCUGCUUUCAAGCAAGGCCGCUCUGGUUCUAUUGCUGAGCUCCCCGACCAGGCCACCGGCUCGCUUCAGAGAGUUGUUGAGAGGCUUUUCGAAAGCUGCUUAGAGCAGGGCCGCUACAGGCAAGUGGUAGGUAUUGCGGUUGAGGCCAAGAAACUGGACGUUCUUCGAAGCGUCAUCAAGCGCGCUAGCGAUGAUGAGAAGAAGGCCAAGUCUAACCCUCUCGAAAACUCUCCUGGCCCGGCAGAGGAUCUCAUGGAGUACACAUUGGGUAUUUGCAUGGACAUCGUCCAGGAGAGAGCCUUCCGAACCGAAAUUUUGAGGCUAAUUCUCGAUCUCCUCAACGAGAUUCCCAACCCAGAUUACUUUGCCAUCGCCAAGUGUGUCGUUUACCUUAACUCAGAUGAGGAAGCAUCUCGCAUGCUGCGCAAUCUUGUUGAAAAGGGCGACCGUUCUUCCAUCGCCAAUGCCUAUCAAAUUGCUUUCGACCUUUACGACAACGGUACACAGGAAUUUCUCGGCAAGGUUCUUGCAUCACUCCCAGCUAGCAAGCCUGUCAAGAAAGAGUCAGACGAGAACGGUGAACAGUCCAACGAGAGCGAAUCUCUGCUUCAGAAUAAGCAGGAAGCCCCCGAAAACGAGCUCCCUGAACAAGUAUCCAAGGCCUAUUCCAAUAUCCGAGAAAUUCUUGAUGGCAGCAAGACCAUCCGUCUCAACCUCGAGUUCCUCUACCGCAACAACCGAACCGAUCUGAGCAUCCUCAACAAGGUCCGCGACAGUCUUGAGGGCCGAAACUCCAUUUUCCACACUGCGGUCACGUUUUGCAAUGCCUUUAUGAACCAAGGAACUACAAACGACAAGUUCUUCCGUGAUAACUUGGAGUGGUUGGGCAAGGCAGUCAACUGGUCCAAGUUCACGGCGACUGCCGCUCUUGGUGUCAUUCACCGCGGAAACCUUUCUCAAUCUAGAAAGCUACUUGAGCCUUAUCUUCCCCGACAAGGUGGCCUCAGCAGUGGCUCUAUCUUCAGCCAGGGUGGUGCUCUCUACGCCUAUGGACUGAUCCAUGCCAACCAUGGAGCCGACGCUCUGGACUACCUCAAGGAGCAGUUUAGCCAGGCUGAAGAGGAGGUCGUUCAGCAUGGUGGUGCUCUGGGUCUGGGUAUUGCCGGCAUGGCCACUGGCGAUUGGGAAAUCUUUGAGAAGCUCCGAGAAAUCUUGUUCCAGGAUUCUGCUCUCAAUGGUGAGGCUGUUGGUUUGGCUAUGGGUCUUAUCAUGCUUGGCACCGGAAAUGUCAAGGCUCUGGAGGAUAUGAUUACAUAUGCGCACGAAACCACUCACGAGAAGAUUGUCCGUGGUCUUGCUAUUGGUAUGGCACUUAUUAUGUUUGGCCGCCAAGAAGGAGCCGAUGUUCUUAUUGAAGGACUCCUUAACGACCCUGAUCCCACGCUGCGAUAUGGUGGUAUAAUGACUGUUGCUCUUGCCUACUGCGGUACCGGUAGCAACAAGGCUAUCCGAAAGCUCCUUCAUAUUGCUGUUAGCGAUGUCAACGAUGACGUCCGUCGUAUCGCCGUCAUGAGUCUGGGCUUCAUCCUCUUCCGCAAGCCUGGAAGCGUGCCUCGUAUGGUUGAGCUUCUCUCCGAAUCAUAUAACCCUCACGUGCGAUACGGUUCCGCCAUGGCUCUGGGUAUCUCAUGCGCCGGUACAGGUCUUGACGAGGCCAUCGACCUUCUUGAACCUAUGAUGAAGGACCCCACAGACUUUGUGCGACAGGGUGCCCUCAUCUCUCUCGCCAUGAUCCUUGUUCAACAGAACGAGGUCAUGAACCCCAAGGUUUCGUCAAUCCGUAAGACUCUGAAGAAGGUGGUUGGCGACCGUCACGAGGAUGCCAUGACCAAGUUCGGUGCUGCUCUGGCGCUUGGUAUCAUUGACGCUGGUGGUCGCAACUGCACCAUCGGCCUCCAGACACAGACUGGCAACCUCAACAUGGCCGGCAUUGUCGGUAUGGCUGUAUUCACACAAUACUGGUACUGGUUCCCUUUUACCCACUUCCUGUCGCUUAGCUUCUCUCCCACUUCAAUCAUUGGACUUGAUCACGAUCUUGAGAUGCCCAACUUUAAGUUCCACUGUGCUACACGACCCAGCCUUUUCGAUUACCCGCCUGAGCAAGAAGUCAAGACCGAAGAAGGUCCUGCUCUGAUUGCCACCGCGAUCCUGUCAACAACUGCGCAGGCCAAACGACGAGCUCAGAAGAAGGAGCGCGCUCAGCGAAGAGAGAGCAUGGAAAUUGAUACCGCCCCCUCUAAGAGCGGUGGCGACAAGAUGGACGUGGACGAGGACAAGAAGGCGGACGAGACUAAGGAUAAGAAGGAAGAGCAAGAGAAGGAACCGGCGGCUUCUGCGGACACCAAGAAGAAGCCCGAGAAGGAGAAGGUUGGGUACGAAAUCGAAAACAUGACCCGAGUUCUCCCUGGUCAACUCAAGUAUAUCAGCUUCCCCGCCGGCCGAUACAAGCCCGUUAAGAAGCCCACUGGUGGUCCCCUGCUGCUGCACGAUAGCCAGCCCGACGAGGAGAAGAGUCUACUUGAGGAGAAGCUUAAGAAGGUUACAACCGAACGGGCCCCUGUGGCUGGGCAACAAACUGGACGAGGCGGACGAGGCGGCGCUCAGCGCGCUGUGCUUGACAGUCUUGCCGAGUCUAGAGGAGGAGCCAACAGCGCUAUGCUCGGACAGUUGCUUCGCAACCAAGGUCGAUCACCAUUCGGCCUGCUCGACGCCGAGCCCCAGACUCCUGGUGGUAACGCCUCAGGCGCCGCUGCUGCUGCGGGUGUACUGACCGCCGUCGAUGAAGACUCAGAUGACGAUGAAGAGGCUCCUGUACCUAAGGAAUUCGAGUACUUCACCGAUGCUGGGGAGGAUGACGAUGAUGAUGAUGACGAGUAGGUGUGAAUGUGUCUCGGAACAGUUCAAAAGCGAGGACGGUACUGUGGAGAUAGUUGGAUUGUACACUUAGAAGGGCAGAUCAAGCGAAUAGAGCGGGUACGAGGCGAAGGCUAAUGUACAAUAUGCCUGGGGACGAUGUAUUCACUUAGCCGAGAAUAGCAUUGGGUGGUCUACCACCCGUGAUCUUAUUUUGUCAUCAACUCGAUUAGAGAAUAUUCUUUCACUCUGAUGCAAGCCAUUGUUCUAGUAAUUCGGUACUCAUCGUGCGUUUGGCUGCAACAAACGCCAUGUAUCGCUCGCCAAGUUAUAAACCCAUUAGCCUGCUCUCAAACUCCAACCAAAACUACAAAUCCCAUUGCCAUGCCAUUUGCUCAAGUCUACACUUUUGUUUCCAACCCCGUAGGACCAUCAUCACAGAUCCUCACCCGAUGCCACGCUGUAGCAAGAUUACCGCGAAUAUUCCAUGUUGCUGCGUGACUCUCUGGUUGUGUGUUGUACACCUCGUCUGUAGCUUUCACAACAAACGUCGCACAUCGCUUCCCGGAUGGUGCGGGUUCAAACGCCUCCAACGGGACAUCACCGUCAAACCUCCAUCUCCGCCAUGCCCAGGCUGCGUGACCAUAGCAAGGCGAUUCUUCACCCUCUUUUGUGGAACAGUCGGGAAGGAUGGAGGCUUGAGACCAGUUUUUGCCGUUAUCAAAGGAGAUGUCGACACGAACGAUGGCGCGGCCUCCACCAGAGUAUGCGUAGCCAGCCAAUGAAGCUGGUUUUGUAUAAGUGUGAGAAUUGUCAUCCUUGGCUGUCCAGUCGCCAAGUUUGCACUUUGUAAUGGCGCUUUGGACAGGUAAUUCUUGAAUGGCGGGUGCUGAAUCCCAGUCGACUUUGGUCUGGUUCGGUCCAAAACACUUGUAAUCGCGUCGCUGCCACUGAGAUGUGCUCUCCUCGUCACUCAGCGUGACAUGGUUCAACCAUUUGACAGAUCGCGCAGCAACAUGCCCGGGAACGAUAGCUCGUAGAGGAAACCCGUGAUCACGCGGGAGAGUCUGGCCGUUCAUUCUGUAGGCGAGUAUCACGUCGCCUUGGGGAUCAAUAGCCUUUUUGAUAGGAAUCGAUGCACCGUAAGCUUCUAGGCCGUUGAACUGAACAUGCUUUACCUCGGAUUCUCCUGUGAGGCCUGAAUUCAGAUCAAAGCCUGCAUCUGCCAGUACGUCAGAGAGCAAGACGCCUUCCCAGCAGGCGUUUGAGAUAGCUCCAGCAGUCCACGGAAGACCAUUUGUUUUGCGACCUGAUUCCUCAUUCAUGUGUCGCCGGCGGUUGCCAGAGCAUUGAAGAGAGGCUGUGACUUUGUGGGAUUUGAAGCGGUUCUUGAGGUCCGCGAGGGUGUAUUCUUUUGUGGUUCCGUCAGGAAGUUCUAUCGUGAGAUUGUGGUCAUUCUGGUUCUCGGCGAUUGUUGGCACCCACAUGUGGUUGCGCACGUAGAAAAGGUCAUUAGGUGUAAGAAAGUCAUUCGUCAUAGCAUAAGCCGGCGUCUCUGCGUUUCUGGGCUUCUGCGUCAUUGUAAUCAAGUCUGGAUGUCGAACUGGAUCAUCCGAGAAAGGGUCCUCGAUCUCUUCUCGCGCCGGUCGCCCAUCGACGAGAUCUGCUGGGUCGACGUACCCAAUUAGAUACUGAUUUAGAAUAUCGUAAACGUAGUCAUUUUUGUGUAUAGAAAAGAUAUCCCAGUAGGGAUCAAUGGAGCCGCCCGCCGCGCGAAGGAUAACAUCGCCGCCAGGAUGUGCUCCUAUCCAUUCAGUGAUAUCGUAGACUUUAUCGCGGUGGAUGACCCAGGGGUGAUCAGAAUGAGCAUCGUGCUUGCGCACUUCGUUGAUGCGAUAUCGAGGAAGAGAAGGAUCUCGAGGAUCAUGGUCGUUUUCGUCAUGGGCGAUGGCGUCGCAUCGUGUAGGAGAUUGUUGCGCGAAGCUGUAUGCGAGGUAGAAGGAAGCUGCUCCAGCGAGGAGAAAUGCGAAGGAAGUGCUUGGGUCUCUCGAUAUCGUCGCAGACUUAUCGGAAGCGGGAGGUUUUGUUGAUGCAGAUCUUGUGAGUCGUGUUGCGAUGAAGGUGCGAGAUUGUACCCUCACGGGAGCUUGUGAUGCAGGGAUAGAUAAAGAUCGUAUGGGUCGUAGCUGGCUGGCCAAGCGCCGUGUUGAUCGCGAGAACAUGGCUACAGAAGAAUCAAGAGAGUCACUUCAAUAAUGAGCAACAAUGCAUCUCCAACAAAAACACUUUGUGAGUAUUGUCGCAAACGAAACAAAUCUCUAGUAGACGUCACAGUGGACUUGAUGGAUCUCUAACAAAAAUGACGUCGGGGAAUAUCUCGGAGAACAAUCAUCAAAACUGUGAGAUGAAGAAUCUCACUUUAUAUAAGUCCUUCUUUAUUUCAUGAUAAGCCCAGCGGUGAGCAACGUGACACGUGAACAGCAGGAACGAGUCAGAAGAAAGCAAUUAC